AUGAAGGCCUUCACCAUUGCCACCUUUCUCCUCUCGGCCUCGACUACAGUCCUGGCCGACUUUCUUCUUUACGACGGCGCCAUCGUCACCGAGGCAGCAGAACCCAUUGUGCAGACUCGCGCAGUGUCUCUUGACCAACGCGGCAACUGCGACGGCAUCGACAACUCGCCGGAGCUCGACGGCGCUGCCGGCGAGUACAGCUACCCGUGGCCGGAAGAGACCUUCAAGGUCGGGCUGUGCAACAUUUCAUUGCGCUUUAUCAAGAACGGCAACGACUACAACGUCUACGAUGACGGUACGGGAGGCCAAGUGGGCGUGUGCACCCGGGGCAGCAACGAGGUCAAGGCUUGUUUCUGGGGGUUCAUCUCGGCCGAGUACAAUGAGGCUUAUAUCUGCUCCGGCGCGUGCUAG